CCGCCGUCGUGUGGUGCCGCCGCCGGAGUGCCGAACGGCAGUAGUGCAGUACAGUGCUGUUAGUUGUCGACGGUGAACACUGUCGCGGUCGUUUCGUGAACCGGAUGCCGGAACGAACAAAAAAACGUAACCACAGUUCAUCAACAAUUGUCAGUUGUUGUUCUUCGGUGGGUCGUGGGGGUCGUCGUUCACCCGAUCUUGCUCGUUCGGUUGUUUUGUCGUCCGCAAGAACGCGUCGACGACCACACAUCGUAAUCUCGCGACGCAUUGCCGUCGACGAUUCCUUUGCGUACGGUGUUUUCAACUCCGGGCCGUUCUUCGCCGGCGCGUUUCGGUUGUCAGUAGCCAAUCGGCAGUACAGCGAGAACGGUAUCUACCGACUGGGCCCCGGGGCCGUCGCCGGAAUGUGCCGCACCGAGUGAUGUAUUACCUUGUUUUGCGCGAUUAUGUUGUGGAGACCACGUCCAGCGCGUGAGCAGUGUACGUCGGUGUAAGAGCAAACGCGCUUUCGACGAAGAUUGAUUAAUCGUGAAAACAUCAAAUACCUAAUAUUAACUGUCGCUAGUUAGCGUUAGUGUGUGAAUAUGGCUGAAAACAUUGCAUUCAGUGACUGGUCGGAAAAGCUCGACACUGCUGGAACUAAUCAUUGGCUUCCUGCGUACGGGCUCCAGCAACCGCCAGUGGCGAUAGUUGGCAAUAGCCACCAACAAAACGAUCCCACAUUUGAUUCUGGCCCUCAUGAUCACACUGACUAUUUCGAUGACAACAAUGAAGACGAUCUCUGCGAUAACGGUGAAGAAGAUAACUGGUCAUCGUUCAACCAAAGCAGUUAUGGUGGAAACAUCAUAAGCAGCACGUCUUAUAUUUUUCUAGAAACGAUCCUUGAAGAAACUUCUGACGAUUUGCGGACGGAUUCGGAAAGAAGUAGUGAAGAAGAUUUUAUAAAGGAAGAAAACUGGUCUAUGAUUAACCGUGGUGAUCCGUUUAACUUGUUCAACUCAAGUAACAAUAAUAAACAGAUGCCUGUGAGGAUGCAUUAUGAUAACAACGAUCCUGGUGUGCAUGACGACGACGACGACAACGACACAGUGUUGUUCUACAGGGACAACCUGCAGGAUCAUCAUUCGUGGAUGAAUGGUGCUGGUGGAGCAGCAUUGACUAACGGUUGCGGAAGCGGUAGCGGUAGUCUAUUGCAGUUCGAGAGCCUAGAGAAACAAUGUGAACAAACCGUGUUUCGGACUACCGCCACCGCGACACCGUUCAUGACCAACAGCGCCGAAUCCCUGAAUGCCGUCCAACGUCCGGCAGGCGUGGUACGACGGCAAAACUGGAAACACCAACCGACGUUGGAAGAUGACUGCGGCACCACCAUGGCCGCCGUUAUUGAUGACGACGAAGCUGUGUUGUGCAGCACGCCGUUCUCAAGUUACGCCGGUGAUGGAUCUAGCGUCAAGUCGCUAAGCAAGAGCAUGGAGAGCGUGCAUUCGACCGCCAGCCGGAAACGAUGUAACAACAGCUGCAGAGACGGCAUCAAAGAUGUGUCGCAGAGUUUGGAUGAGUUGCGUAUGUUCGGUAGGGACGACGGGCAAUACGACCCGGCGGUGGUGGUUGUCGGGGCGACGUGCGCCGCGUCGCAACCGGCCACCGGCAUGUACAAAACGGUCGAUUGUCUCAUCGACCCAGCGUAUUGCGGGAAAAUAGACGACGAUGACGAUGAAGACGAAACUGAUGGUAAAAAACAAGAAGACGUUAUACAGGGCGUUGGAUGUAAGCAGCAACAGCAGCAACGAUCGUCCGAGAACUUGAGUGAAGAUAGUGGUUUCGGGGAUCAGGUGCCCCGCGGUCCUGCCACACAACAAACGUACAAACCUAUUGCUGAGGACGAAAACUAUUUUGAGAUGUCGACGAAGAGUAUCGCGACGAUCGCCGCCGCCGCCGCCGUUUCUACCACGACCGCUCAGUGCUCAGUCGCAGCCAAAGGGAAGGGGACGGACGACGACGACGACGCCGACGCCGAGAUGAAAUCUAAAUUUAGCGCAGCUUGGCACAGCUAUCCCGAUCUGGGCGAUCGGCCGUCAGUGACUACGGAAUCUCCUACGACCGACGACGACGACGACGACAACCGCCGGCAUCACCACCACCAUCAUCACCACCGCGACGGUACCGCGAUGGCGUCACGUAUGCCAAUGUCAAGCACACCCAACCUGUGCGCCGACGGUUUGCUGGCGCACACUGACGGUGACUAUUUACGCUCCAAAAAGCUGCUGGACUCCACUGUUUCAUUAGACAGAUCUCAUUCGCUGAAGCGCAUUCAUUACGAGAGCGAGUCGGCUCUGAGUGCAGCCUCUUCGCGUGGUAGCAAUCUACUGAUAACUACAAGUUUCGUGAAUUUAGCUACCGCGCCAACGCCCAACAAAGGCGUACAUUUUUGUCCGGUCGUGUCCGAAGUGAAUUGGCGCGAGAGCUUCAGCAGUAGUAGCUGCACCGACAUCGGUGGUGGCGGCGGCGGCGGCAGUGUGGGUGAAGACGAUAACGGGUCGGACGAACCACCGGAAACGGAAGACUACGAAGACUAUGACCGGAUCAGUAACGAAGCCGACGAAAACAUUGACUCGAUGGUAAUGAAACUGUUGACCGGUUUACCGUCGGAAACCAGGCGUCCGAGUGUGGCAGAAAAACAACAGCUGCGCGAACGACUGGACUUCAUUACGGGCGGCUCCCCACCAAUGUCACAUAGGAUAGUUGCCGCGCCCACUAAUAGCACCGCUGCCACCGGUUCCAACAGCCACGGUCGCAGUGUUCAAUCGCGACCGACCGAAGUCGAUGCGCCCGCUGUUGUCGCCAUGUCCGCUAAACCGAAAACGAUCGGCGACAAGCUCGGUGGAUUUUUCCAACGGUUCUCCUUGCGCAGACUGAGCGGCCGACGAAAUAAGGAUAAGAAGAAACACAAGGUGGAAGACUGCAACGCGGCAACAGCGGCGUCGGCACAGUUGAAUAAUAAUAAUUGCAGGCCCGAUACACCACCACCCCCGCCGCCCGUCGCGGGACGACCGUCUAGUGCGACCGCCGCCGCCACCUCGGAUAGGGGUAAAAAACCGCCGUUACCCCCGCAACCCCCGUCAGUAGAUGGAUACGCUACGCGCCGGCGCCUCAUGUACGACGAAAAUCGCGGUAGCCGACUGCCGCCACCGCCGGCACUGCCGACGGCUGGCAGUCGUGCGUCUCUGCAAUCGCGGACGCCCGUCGCCGUUGCCAUGUCCCGUCCGGAUAACCGGGCCGGUCUACUCGAGACCGAUUUAGACUCAAAUGUGACCAGGACGUCGUCGUCAUCGCUCAUGAUGGGCGGCGGUGGUUGUAGCCCCAACAAAAAAGCCCGUAGUCUGCUGGACCUGGGCGCUUCGUCGACAAAAUUGUCUCUGGCCCCCAACGACUCAAACAGAUCGUCCGCGGACGGUUCGUCCUCAAACACAACCGAUUACAGGGCUAAAUCCAUGGAAUUUCUGUUGGAUAAGGAAAAUCAAGCUGCUGUUCAGGCUCCAGAAAAUGAACUUCGUAAAGUAAAUGUCAACAAUGGAGAAAGAAUACUCUCUGAACAUGAGUUGCGCAUACAGCGUUCUUUGCAAAGACUCAAUCUUCCUGAAUGGUACAAAACAUGCAAUGUACCGGCUCAAGGUUUUAUUUUGAAGAGACACAGUGAUGCUGGUUAUACAACCAGUAUGUCUAGUCUAUCAUCAAACCAAUCACAGUCACCAAAAAUGUAUUCUAAUUACAAUAAUACACUGCUUAGCCCCCAAACACAUGCUGCAACUAAGAAUUUUUCACGUUGGAGUACUAGCCGUUUGAAUGGAUCAAAUUCAAAUAGUACAUCUCCUUGUAGUUCCACACGAUCAUCAUUUAACUAUCGUCAACCAUAUUUGGGUUGGAGAUCUCAGGAAAAACUGUCCAAACCUAGAACCCCAGCUGAACGGCUUGCUGCUGGAUUACUUGCUCAACAACAACAUGAACAGACAUGUCAAACAAGCUUAUCUGAAGUACAGUCAUCAAUUAAAGAAGUAACAUCAGCUAUAGCCAACUAUGUAUCGUCGUCAACACCAGAUGGAAGUAAAGAAAGGCUGAAUACUGAUCAAGAUACCCCAUCUAGAUGUCCGUCAUUCAAAGGUAGCACAGGUCGUUUAUGUUGGCUGGAAAGUUCAUUCGUGGGCAACAAGCGUCCCAGUUUAACAAGAGACACUCCACCAUCAGAGUUAAGUACGCCACCAUCACAUCGAAAGGCUAAACCUGUCAGACAAACUCAAAACAAUAGUAAUUGGGUCAAUGUUUCAGGUAACGCGUCGGCGGCUGUGGCGCAAUCUGCAUCGACGCCGCCGAAAAAACAACACCUGCAAGCGGGACCUCCUCUGCCAAGCGGCUCGGCGGCCGGAGCGAUCCGUUGCCGGUACUCGGAGUGUCAGCUGACGGCCACCGUCUCCGAAGCUCGGCGCACGUUCAAGAUGUGUCACAACUGUAAUCACAUGUACUGCUCGAGACGCUGCCGGCGCGCGCACUGGCAGAACCACCGGAAAACGUGCUUGGACCGGCGCACGGCCACGCUGUGCCCGUCCAUCGUGGAUGCGAUCAGGGCAAACGACCGGUGCACCGAGCGACUGUCGACGAUCGCGCGGCGCGGUUACCUGACGCACGGUCGCGGGGCCGUCAAGUGCUAUUUCUCGGGCGUUGAACUGGCCGACAAGUUCGUGCGGGCCGGCGGCGAGGACAUGCAGUGCGAACCGGUGUACGCCAAGUGGACGGACAUCGACCCGGAACUGGAGGCGCUCGGACAACUCUGCAAGACGUACAACCCGGACACGCGGUACGUGUUGCACGUGUCCGUGUGCGUGUUGAGCGAAGUACCCGGCCCGGGACCGGUGCAGUGGGAGCGGCACGUGGUGUACAAGUACGCCAAGAUGCACCUGGACAAGAGUCUGCGCGCCGCCCCCACUGAAGCCUCCGAAACUACCACGGACGGCGGCGGCGGCGGCCCGGACACCCUGAUACUCACCUCGUUGCCAGGACGUGACCGCAGGGACGUGAGCACCGCCCGCCGCGUGUGCUUCGUCAACAUGCAGCGACAUCUCCGGCAGAGGGGCGUCGAGCUCCGGCACCAUUUUCCAGACGUGCACCGGAAGCUGUGCGAGUACGUGGACGGCGGCCCGGACGUCACGUUCACGCCGGUCACGGUGUACCCGCGGGACAAGGCAUCUGGAAAGACGUUCAUGUGCAUCAUCAUGCCCGACGCGGAACCGGAGAAGCUGAGCCUGUUGCCCGGGGACAGUGCCAGAGUGCAAACCAUCGACGUCGGUCAAGAAUUCACCGCCGCCGCCAUUGAUAGUUGUACUCAGUGAGAACCCCGUUCUAUAUACUUUCCGUCGUGAUGGGAGGGGGGGCGUAUCUCUAAGCGUUACACUUCCUAGCUCGUGCUUGCAGUGUGCGCAUAUACAGUCUGCAGUGCCGUUGACUUAAAGCGUUUCGAGCAUUUAGUAUUAUAGGUAUACACCCGGCCCUGCAUAAUAUUAAAAAUUAUAUAUUAUUACGAUUAUGUUGGAUUUUUUUGAAUAUUUAAACGAAUUAAUAAUGCAGCAAAAUAGUACGCGCCCGGGCCCGUCCUAGAAUUAUUGGGAAACUCGAAUACAAAAAGUUGUAUCCCGACGUUAUAAAGUAUGUAAACACUACGAAAUCUACGACCGUUUGUAGCUCUCCCGCGACAUGACAGUACUUAAUAUUACGUUGCAGUAAUCAUAGGUAUUAAAUAUAAGAAGAAUUAGAAAGUUCAAAGGAGAAUUUUAAUUCCUAAUUAAGCUAUACAUAGCUAUACUUAAAUAGUUGUUGACGGGCACAAACGUGGUGUUGAGACACUACGUAUUGUACUAGUGUCUACUUUGACAAUUUAUUAGGUUAGUAGUAACGUUAUUGUAUUUAUUGUUGUUAAAAAUAUUUGUCUUUAUUUACUUAUUAUUAUUAUUAUUAAUA